UCUGAAGGAGCAAAGGAUCCCCCUCAGGCCUCGUCUUCCCUCCCUCGGAGAAAUGAUGCUCCACGGAACAGGGUCUCCCCGGGGUCUAACGCAGGUCUGAGCCGCAGGAGGCUGGGGAAACAGCCGACACCUCCAACUGCGUCGGAAUCCCUCAGGGCUUCGGAUUAAAGCUGUUACAUCAGUAAAUUAAAAAAAAAAUAAAAUGUCCAACAACAGAAAACAGCCCCAGACCUGGACGUUUAUACAGAAAAAGAGCAUCACAAAUUCCUAAUAGCUAUGAAGCAGGGACAGAGGCAGAGCGAGUUCCUUCAGGCAGGGCUGGGAUCUGAGCUCGCACAAAUAGCUCCCCGGUGGACUCGUCCCAGGUUCCUGCCCUUCCCCGUCCCUUCGCUCGGCUCCGAGGUGGAAGACCCGGAGCUACGAGCCCGCCGGCGAUGAGCCACAUCUACGGCAGCCACCUCUCCCCCAUGGGCAGCCCCUCCAUGGUGUACCUCCCGGCCGCCCUGAGCUUCGCCCCCAGCGGUGCGAUCUCCCGGCAGGACCCCCCGCAGAAGCCCCCCUACAGCUACAUCGCUCUCAUCGCCAUGGCCAUCAAAGAAGCUCCGGAGCAGAAGGUGACCCUCAGCGGCAUCUACCAGUUCAUCAUGGACCGCUUCCCCUUCUAUCACGACAACAAGCAGGGCUGGCAGAACAGCAUCCGCCACAACCUCUCCCUCAACGACUGCUUCGUCAAGGUGCCGCGGGAGAAGGGACGGCCCGGCAAGGGCAGCUACUGGACCCUGGACCCCCGGUGCCUGGACAUGUUCGAGAACGGCAACUACCGCCGGAGGAAGAGGAAGCCCAAAGCCCCGGGGCCACCGGAGGCGAAGGGCGGCGCGGCCCCCGCGGACGACGGGCAGCCGGGGCCGGCCGCUCGCCCCGACGAGCCCAAGAGGGCGAAGGGGAGCGCGGCGGCGGACUCGGGCGACGAGGGGGUCCCCAGGCCGGGCGGGGGGGAAGCGGCUCCCCCCGGGGGUCCCCCCCGCUGCGGCGGCGCCCCGGUCCCCGCCGCGCCCCGGCCGCCCGCCGCCGCCCCGCCGUACAAGAGCGGCCCUCGGGGCCGCAGCUUCAGCAUCGAGAGCAUCCUCGCCCAGGGGCUGAGGCAGCCCCCCCCCGGGGCAGCCCCCAAGGCGGCCCGGGAGAGCCCGGUCGGCUGCCUCGGCGGCUCCCUGGUCGCCAGCGGCGGCUUCGGCCCGGCCCUCAACGCCUCCCUCAUGCUCGACUCCCAGGUGCACGGGAGGCUUUACCACAUCGGCAUCCCCUUCCUCUCCUGCUUCCCUCUCCACUUCUCCGAGGCGGUAUUUAAUUUUCAGUAGUUGCCCCAUAAUUAUAACCCCCUUAUCCCACCCCACCCGUUUCGCCCCGAUUGCUGCUCCGGGGGCGCGAUGGGAGGGAGAGACCGGACUCAGACCUCAC